AUGGCCGAACAAGAGGAUUUCUCCUCUCUCCCUCUACCUGACAGAUUUGCGCACAAGGUCUGGAAAGUAAGAAAAGAAGGUUACGAAGAAGCCAAAAGACAAUUCGAAAUUUCUCCAGAUGAAGACGCACCCGUAUUUCGACCGUUUUUACAAGAUCCGUCACUCUGGAAGGGCGUGGUUGCGGAUUCAAAUGUAGCUGCACAGCAGGAGGGUCUGGCGGCCUACUGCGCCUUUCUAAAAUUCUCUGGCUACCAGGCAUGCAAUAGGACGCGAUCGGUCACCGCUGGGCCAAUAAUUGAAAAAGGCCUCCCUCAAACCCGUCCUGCCGCCAAAGCUAGCUCACUUGAAGCGCUAUUGCUAUUUAUUGAAUUAGACAGCCCCGGGCCAGUCAUCGAAGAACUUAUUGCUGCGCUUUCACAUAAGACUCCAAAGGUAAUCGCUGGCGCCCUAGGGGCCCUUACCGCCAUAUAUCAUAACUAUGGAGUCAAGAUAGUCGAAACAAAACCGAUCCUGAAAUCGCUUCCGAAGGUCUUUGGCCAUGCGGACAAGAAUGUGAGAGCGGAAGCACAGAACUUGACGGUAGAGCUUUACAGGUGGCUGAAGGAGGCUCUAAAAGCUACGUUCUGGAACGACCUGAAACCAGUGCAACAACAGGAUCUAGAGAAGAUGUUUGAGAAAGUGAAGCAGGAACCCUCGCCUAAACAGGAACGAUUUACUCGCACACAGCAGGCGGCAAUGGCCGAGGCUAGUGCGAAUCCCGGCGCUGGUGACGAUGGGAUGGCCGAGGGAGAGGGAGAGGAACCGGAGGACGAUGGAGAUGUCGAUGUUUUUGACCUGGUCGAACCGGUGGACAUAAUAGCAAUGGCACCAAAGGACCUUCACCAGAAUCUAGCGUCAUCUAAAUGGAAAGAUCGAAAGGAUGCCUUGGACGACCUAUACAAAGUCGUUAACGUCCCAAGGAUCAAAGAGGGUAAUUUCGACGAGCUCUGUGGUGAUCUGGGGAGGUGCAUGAAAGACGCCAACGUCUUGGUGGUCACAGUGGCAGCAAACACAAUCUGUGCGAUGGCAACUGGUCUUCGGAGGGGAUUUGCUAAAUACCGAACAGUUGUGAUGCCGCCCAUGAUGGAACGACUGAAGGAGAAAAAGACAGCCGUAUCGACCGCGCUAGGCCAGGGACUGGAUGCCGUGUUUUUAUCCACCAGUUUGAGCGAGUGUCUAGAGGAUAUCCUUGGGUUCUUGAAACAUAAGAACCCGCAAGUGAAGCAGGAAACUUUCAAGUUCUUGGUCCGCUGCCUACGCGCCACGAGAGAUGUACCCUCAAAGGGAGAAGUCAAGUCGAUAGCUGAGGCCGGAACGAAACUUCUCACAGAUUCAAGUGAAGUCACCCGAUCGGGUGGUGCCGAAGUAUUGGGAACCCUCAUGAAGAUUAUGGGCGAACGUGCAAUGAACGUUUAUUUGGACGGGCUUGAUGAAAUUCGAAAGACCAAAAUCAAGGAGUUCUUCGAGACCGCGGAGGUCAAAGCGAAGGACAGGCCAAAACCCAUCAUGGGCCCGCCAAAGACCAUGGCCACGCCAGCGAAGAAGCCAACGGGCAAAAAGCCCAUGGGUGCUAAAAAGGCAGCUCCCGCCGCAGCUCCCGCUGCAGCAUCUGAACCCCCCGCUUCACCAGCACCGGCAAAGAAAGCUGUCCCUAAAAUUGGAGGUCGAGGCCUUUCUACGCCAGGCUCAGCGUUGAAAAUGCGGCCGAAACUUAGCGGACCAGGCGGUGCAGCAUCCCCACAACGUCGCGUUGUAUCACCUCCGUUAGAAGAGGUAGCAGCCGUUCCUCCUCCUCCCAAAUUUGGAAUUGGUGGUGGUGGCAGAGGCCUAGCCAGUCGUCCUAUAGGGAAACCAAGCGCGCCUGUCCAAGAGCAGCCAGUUGCUCAGUUCCCCACCGGUUUGGCCGCUAUCGAACGAGCUGAAUUGGAAGAAGUCCGGGCGGAGAAUGGACGGCUGUCUAAGUUAAUAGACGAUCUGCGAGCGGAGCGGUUAAAACUGUCGUCAGAGGUCCACGAACUACAAAAUCAAAAUGCUCAGCUAAUAGAAGAUCAUACCCGGGACGUCCUAAGCAUAAAGGCCAAGGAAACCCAACUCGUCCGAGCAAGAGGUGACGCGGAGACUGCAGAGCAAAGUGUCCAGAAGCAGCAACGGGAGAUCGAACGGUUGAAACGAGAACUAUCCAGAGCCAUGAGGGCGGGAGCAACCAGCCCUCCAGUCACCAUCCCUGACAUGGGCUUGAAUAUGGGUAUCAGCGACAAUUCAGGUAUAUACCAAGAUGAUGGACACCGUGUUAACGGUACACCUCGAUCCAGUCUCCAUAUGGGAUCUCGAUUCGAAAGCGCGCGGCCAAGGAGUUUUAUCUCAUCAAGCCCUAGCGAGGAGAAAGAGAACACCGAGGCAGCCCAGCUAGAACCUCGCGAACUCCUGUCGGCGGCGAUGGUUCUUCAGCAUCGACAGAGCCAUCAGAAAAUUGGAAGCGAGCAGCGGAGGUGA